AUGGCGGCUGUGGAAGCUACUGAGUCAGCGGAUAUGGCUCCUCCGCCAUUAGAGGCAAACAAAGUGGAACUGCCGGAGGAAGAGGAGGAAGUGGAGCUGUUCAACGGCAUUCCCAACUACAAACCGGGCCACAAAUUCGGAGACAAGUUUGUGGUAAGGUCAAAUAGAAAGUUACCCCGUAAAUAAAAUUUACGGAACAACUACAGUGGCGGACUUGAUACAGUGGCAGAAAACGUGCCAUUUUGCAUCCGGGAAGUAUCAAAAAUGUAGCAAAAUCCCUCCCUCUCCAGGUGAAAAAACUCCGUUUUGAAGGGCGCGUCUUUCCCUCAUAAAAAGAGCGGCUCAAAUCGGAUUUUUUUCACUUGGAGAGGGAGGUAUUUUGCCACAUUUUUGAUACUUCACGGAUGCAAAAUGGCACGUGUUCUGCCAUUGGAUCAGAUUGCCAAAAAAUUGCUCAAAACUCAACUUUCAGAUUGAAGAACGUAUUGGGUUUGACGACCGCUUCGGAGCUACCUACUUUGUGACCCCUCAAAAGUCCGAUCGUCCUCUAGAACUCGUUCUCCGCCUGGACAACACCCUCAUUCACACUCCUUCCGUUCUUUUGGUUGAAAUCGCCCUACUCCGCAAGGCCAACGAGCACCGAAAACACAAUCUUUUCGCUCAACUGCACGAUCACGGAUGUUUUGAGACCGACUAUUACUGGUAUACCACCUAUUUCAAGGGAGGGCCAACUUUGAGACAGAUCACGGAAUUCAUGUCGAGCAGCCGGGGAAGCGCCAAAUUGUCGUAUUCUACGGUGGGCAGGUUCGGAUACAAUCUCUACCAGGUAACAACUUUGUGAACAGCCUCGUGAUAUACAGUGGAGGACCUGAUUCAGUGGCAAAAAACGUACCAUUUUGCAUCCGGGAAGUAUCAAGAAUGUGGCAAAAUGCUUCCUUCUCCAAGUGAAAAAACUCCGAUUUCAAAAGCGCGCCCGCUGGGCAAGGGCGCGCCCUUCAAAACGAAGUUUUUUCACUUGGAGGGGGAGGCAUUUAGCUGCAUUUUUUGACACUUUCCGAAUGCAAGAUGAUGUUUUUUGCCACUGGAUCAUGUCCUUCACUGUACCUUUGAUAUAUGAGGGAUUUCCAAAUAGACCUUUUCCGAUAUUCACCAUAAUGAUUUGAACAAUUUUCUGUUUCGCCAAACCUUCUCAAAAAUAAAGCUCUAGCAGCCCUGUUCUACCUUUUCGUGAUCAAUUUUGACUCAAUAAUCUAGUCCAGAAUCCAAAACAGUCCUUUUUCAACCUACUACAACAUCAUCAAAAACCCCUAUAUCCAUCCAUUUUCAGAUUCUUGGAUUUAUGCAUUCUUGCAACUUUAUUCUCUGCUCUUUGGAUCAAGACAUGUUCCAUUUCGAUGCGGCUUCGAGAACCCUUUUCUUGGCCGAUCUUUCCACCGUGAGGCCAAAGCCUAAGUCCAAAACCGAUGUCAGAUGGAGUGGAAAUCUGAAUUAUACCCCGCUUGGAUGGUCUGAUCAAAUUCAGAAUCCAAUCCCGGCCGAUACGUUGGCUAAUCUUGAGCUGGAGGCUGUAUUCUACUUGAUUUUGGAGCUGACGAUGGGAGAAUUGCCCUGGGGUAGAGAUCACACGGAUCAAGUUGCUCAAAAGAAGAUUUCGAACUUCAACAGCAACAGCCAGUAUCUCAAGCACCUGCCUGAGACGUAAGAUAGACUAUCUAUACAUUUUACUCGCAUCCGAACCAUAAUAACAUUUAAAAAAUUAUUUUAGGUAUCACACCCUGUGGAACAAUAUAAUGGAUAUUGUCUCGAGUCCUGGUGCCUACUCUGACAUCCAGCCAAUCCUGGGCUUGUGUAAGCAAAUCUAUGAGAAACAUGGACACUGUAAAAGUUGGGAUGACGACUUUGAUUUUGAAAGACAGCCAACUCCCGAGGAAUUGCCCAGAUUUGUCAUGGAGAAGGUCCCCGCAGAAGGAGAAGCCGUUCAAGAACCCGGAAAAUCCGCUCAACAAGUUCAGGAAGACAUCGAGAAUGAAGGGCAAGGAGUCACCUAA